CCGUCGAAAAAUAACUAAAUGAAGCAAUGUUUGAGGGCUCUAGUGCUGCGUUCGUGAAUAUCGGGUUUGUUGCGACAACAUGACUCCAACAUCCGCUCAUUAACUUUCUUCUACUUAUUUUAUGGUAUUUUUGUUGGCUUUUUAUUCUUGGCUCGGUAGUUUCUAGAAGCAAAUCAGGUCCUCAAGAGUGGGACGAUAAAACCGCGAAGAACCGAACGAAACACGCAACACUUCGUUUGUCCCACAUAACGCGAACGCAGCACCUACAGCGGUAACUUACUUCAGCGUACACAGUAGUUGAGCGCGAGGUUAAAAUGCUAUGUGUGUAGCAUGCAGCGGGAUGACGAUGGUAAAAUACUGCCGUGCUGUUACUGAGUGUGCUGAUAGGAACCCCCGACAGUAGAGGGGCAGCAAUGAGUGAGACUGUGAAGAAGAGACGGAAAGGAGUCCGACUGACGAACCCCAAAAACAGAUGGAGUGAACAACCCAAGGGUAACAUCAUCACGGAUGUUUCUGAGAAGCAUGAUGCCAUUCCAUCAGGCGAAGAUGACGGACGACAAGGGCCCUUCAAGAGGUUUAGUGCCAUGUGGUCCUCCUUCCGCAAAGGCAAAAGGGACAGAGUCAAAGAGCCUGAGCUUACAGAGCCACCUGGUCUGGAGGCAGCAGAGAACACAACCAGGCAGCACCGCUAUGCCAGUGGUCAGUACUUCUUUGAGUAUCUGGUGGUGGUCAGCCUCAAGAAGGCCAAGGACAGCAAUACCUACGAACCUCAGAUUACCUACCAGUUUCCCAAGAGAGAUGGAAUGGCGAGAUCUCAGAAGGAGGAGGAGGAGAAGACUUUGAAGGCAAUCACACUUUUUUGUUUCCCAGAAGGCAUCAACUGGGCUCCUUUGACAGAGUACCACAGUGAGACCUUCUCCUUUGUUCUGACUGAGAUCGAUGGCAGCAGAAGAAAUGGAUACUGCAGGAGAUUAUUGCCAGGAGGGAGAGGAGCGCGACCACCUGAGGCUUACUGCAUCAUUAGUACACUGGCUUGUUUUGGGCUCUUCUCCAAGAUAUUCGACGAGGUGGAGAAGCGCCGGCAGAUCUCCAUGGCCAUGAUCUAUCCAUUCAUGCAGAAACUUAGAGAAGCUCAAUUCCCAGCACCAGGGAACACAGUGGAGAUUAAGAGCUUCAUUCCUGAGUCGGGCACUGAGAUCAUCAGUCUGACCCGGCCGCUGGAUUCCUGGCUGGAACACGUCAACUUUGCCACGCUCUUUAGCUGCCUGACGGACCAGCAAGUGCUGCUGGUGUUUGCAGCGGCUGUCUUGGAGAGACGGAUCAUUUUCAUCGCAGAUGAACUUGGCACAUUGUCUCAGGUCAUUCAUGCAGUAGCAGCCCUCCUCUACCCUUUCACCUGGCAGCAUACCUUCAUCUCCAUUGUUCCAGAAAUCCUCAUCGAUGUAGUGAUGGCACCUACCCCCUAUCUACUGGGAGUCCAGAAGCGCCUGCUGGACCAAGUCACUGACCAGACUGAUCUGCUGGUGGUUGAUUUGUCUGAGGAUAAAAAGGACCCAUUCAUUGUUUCAAUUGGUGAUGAAGGCACUAUCCUGCCUCCAAAGCUCCAGGCUGAAAUAUUAGUGGCUCUAAGUACAAGACAAAAUGCAUCAGCGGGGGAGGUGCUAAACCGAGUGGUUUCUGAAGCCUUCCUGCAAUUCUUCGUGAAAACAGUUGGCCAUUAUGCCUCAUAUGUAAAAUACGCACGAGCUGGAGAAGGUGGGGUGUUUGAUAAGAGAAGCUUCUACAAGGCAAUCGAGCCCAAGGUCACUCGACACUUUGUCAAGAAGUUCAUUCAGACGCAGAUGUUUGACUUGUUUAUCCAGGAGGUGGAGCAGCAGCAGCCUGGACCACAGCAAGGAAUAUUUCACAAAAAGAUCCUUGAAUAUCAAGAGAAGAAGAAAAAGGAGAAGACAAAGAAACACUAGCUGUCUGCAUAGAAAUAUGGCUGUAUAAAGGGGUAUAUAGAUGUGAAUAUUGCACUGUGUUUUCUGUGUUGUGUAGUUUGGAGUAUAUUAAUUAUGUUCUCAUGUGUGAAUUACUGUAUGUCUGUGUGACUGCUCCUCACAAUGUGAAACACUGGCAGAAUGCAGGACUUAAAUUCUCUGUGGUGGUUUUUAGCCUUUCUGAUAAUCAGGAACUCAUUUCAAAUAAAGACGAGCUUUUUAAGUUCAUGAACCUGCAGUUUGUUUUUAAGGCUACUGAUAGAAGAUGUAUAUUUGGGUGGAGCAGCAGUUUGUAUCCAACACUGUGGCUGUCUCUGCAUAAUGUUCAAAGUAGACAUGUACUCCCAACGCAUGCACAGGAAAAAGAGUACAUAUGUCUUUAUGCAUAGUGUAUAUAUAUGUCUGUUUUUAGGGAUGUGCUGUUGGCGGGGACUGCUCUACCUGUUUGUAGUCAGAUCCAUUUGACCCAACCUUUAUUUCAUUUUUACAGGGACAGUCAGAAACCAUCAGCCAGUGUUGUACAGAAUAAAUUAUCAAAUGAUUAAUAAUUAGCUGCUUUGUGAUUUUACAUCUGUUUAGUAAUGGCCUCUUCACAAAACACACAAUGUCACUGUGAAGUGGAUCUUUGAUUUUUGUCAGCUUGGAGAAAUUGCUUCCAUUCCUUGUUAAGAUAUUACAUUCAUUACAUUUAUUAAAUUAAAGUUUUCAGAUUCA